UGGGGUUUCAGGCAGGUUGGCUGGGGCUUUAAGUAGGUCGACUGGGACUUUCUCCAGCUUUCCCCUGACUGUUUCUGUCGAUUUAAGAGGUAAUGAGUCCACGGUGUGUUUCCCCUCCCCAAACAGGAAGGGAGCUCCAUUCAGGCCUCGGAUUGAUGAAUUGAAACAGCGACUACUGGAGGCUGGCUUAAUCAACUUCUGGAUGGAUGAGUUGAUCGAGGCCUCUGGUAGGAAGACCCGUACCAAGAGGAACAAGAAGGAAGGAGGAGGAAAGAAGGAAGAGGAGGUGGACAGCAGCAAUGAGGACGGGGCACAGGUGGUACUGGGUCUCGGUCACCUGCAGGGGACCUUCUACCUGCUAGCUAUGGGAUAUGGGAUCGCCCUCAUGGCCUUCCUCUUCGAGCUCCUGUUCCAUCGCUGCCGCUCACCUGCCCCCGCCCACCAACACCUAUCUUCAGCCCACCCACACCCGUCCUCCGCCCACAAUUCUAGAUCCCCGCCCACUCAAUACUAGGUACAGCACAUCCGUCACCUACCCUCCUAGAACUUCACCCACCACAUUUGCUCGCCCACACCAAACGCAGUAACGCAAUGGUUCAGCUAAAUAACCUCACGGUUCCAAUUCGGAAAAAAAACAUUUGUUUUGCUCAUCUUCCGUUGCUGCUCGCUGCUGGUAUUCAAAUUAAAUUCCUUGUGCUCCGUGGCGAUCACAAUGCAGUAUACGUAUUAUAUCCCAUAUAUAUGUUGGGCUCAGAAAACGAAAAGCGACUACAACGCGUUGUGGUUGUUUUCAAAAUAACCAGAAAGCUAAAUUUUGUGUUUGGAUUUUAUCCUAAACUAACCGAACCGAAUCCAAACUAACCGAACCGAACCUAACCUAACCUAUAGCAAAAUCUCGCUUCUGGUUAUUUUCCAAACAACCACAACUUGUUGUAGUCGUUUUUCGUUUUCUGAGCCCAACACACACACUAUAUAUAUACAGGGUGUCCCAUAAGUUUCCAUACAACGUA